AUGGAACCUGAAACGGACAGUGCUGCUGUAGCAAAGCGCCAUACCUAUACAUCCAUUACAAAAGCGAUAACCGAUAGUGAGACAAUCUGGACGAAUUUCCAAUAUCUGCCCACUGCAGACCAGCUCAAGUUUCAGGAGCUACCGAAGUUGGAGCCCUCACCGAAGUACACGCAGCCUCUGGGAAAAAGGCUCUUCGUGGGCAGAUAUAGAUAUGUCAUUUACAUAGGAUAUCAAAUGCACGUAUCGGAGGGGACUGUCUGGGCAUACGUGCAUAAGAGCAAGAUGGAAAAAUAUCCCAACCUAAAUCAAGUCAGCUUUUGGCGCGAGAACGGCCAAAGUCUCACCACAUUCCUGCUAACGGGCUGGAAUACGUCACCUUCAUAUACCCAAAUAUUUAAAGAUAUUGCCCGCUUCUUCGUUCUUUUCUAUUUCUUAGAAAAGGGCGAGUUGUACGAAUUUGGGGAUUUCGGUCGCGGCUUCAAUAACUUAACCGCAGGAUGCUAUACUAUUGCGAGAGCUGCAACUGAGUCCGGGAGACAACCGAUCCGGACAACAAAACUUGCCUUGAAAGAAGUUCACAGCACGGGCUUGGUCAGUGUCAGCAGUGGAGCCCUCUGCUCCACCAAGGGACAGGCUGUGAUUGCAGAAAAGCAUUCGGCUCCGUUGAUGAACCCAGCUCAUCCCGCCCCACCUGCAAAUGCACCAGUUCCUCGAAAGAUUGAAUCUCCACCACGAUCGACCAAAAGGCCUAUGGAAAACAGUGAGCAUGAGGCAGGUAAUGCUGCGAAGAGACCAGCCGUUAAGGAUGCCGCAUAUCAUAUCGGAAAAGCCGUGGAUAUCAUACAAACCGAGAAACUGGACAAAGUGGCCGCGGAAUCUCGGGCUUUGAUGUCGAAAAUCAAUGAAUUGGAGAGCUCACUCGCGACAGUUAAGAAGGAGCCGGAGGCAGAACGCCAAUCUCACAAGAGACAAACACAACAGAUCACCCAACAGCUCACCCAACAGUACGAGAAACAGCUUACAACAGUCCGCUUAGAACAUGGCAAAGCCUUGAAGGAGCUCGAGACCGGGAAAGGAGACAUGGGAAGGCUGCGAAAGCUAGCAGAGGACGAGUCUGCGGGCAAGAAAAAGCGGAAGUCGAGAUCAAAAGCUUGCAGCAAAAGAUCCAAGGGCUGA